GGCGUGGUUGUAUUCUACGGCUUUUAUAGAUGUGAAGCGCCAUUUACUUCUCUGAUUUUAGACAACAUCUCGACAUUAUUUUGUCAGGAAAACAAUGGAGACUGUGCUCCCAGAUCAAAAGGACGUAAGAAGGGUCCCCAAACCCCUCAUGGAGAAACGGAGGAGAGAUCGUAUCAACCACAGCCUGGAAACUUUACGACUUUUGUUGUUGGAGAACACAAGUAAUGAGAAACUGAAGAAUCCCAAGGUGGAAAAGGCAGAGAUUUUGGAGAGUGUGGUCAACUUCCUGAGGACAGAGCCUGAAGGAGAACAACAGAAUCAGCAAAUGAAAAGAGGCCACUUCAAAGAGGGUGGGGAAGAGCAGAGGUCCCCCUGCAAGAGGAAGCAGCAUAACUACCGUGAGGGCAUGAGAUCAUGCCUACUAAGAGUCAGCCACUUUAUAGCAACCAAGAGCCAGGAGUUGGAUGAGCCCAGCAACGAUGCUGAUGCCCUACCUCAGAGGUCCCGCAUGGGGCUCACCCAUCCUCCAUCAUCUGCCCAGCUCCAUGGUACAUCGCCUUCCACCCCCGACCAAACUCCCCUGGCUAGACAGCAGCUGCCACAGCCUCACCCAGGCCCAGGUCUGAGAACUGGCCUCGGUAACAUAGAGCGUCUUUCCCCCUCCAAGCCGUACAUGGAGCACAGUGACUCUGUGUGGAGGCCAUGGCCACAGCAGUGAUAGACAGCCAGUCUAUGCACAGUUGGGGUCCCAGUUCGGCACCGGGGAUAUGGUUGUAGAACUUCUAACAGCUGCCCGCUCAUCAACUGCCCAGCAGGGAUGGGAUAGAGGAGGUUGAUUGGCAAUAGGUAGUGAUUGGGAGUAGAGUGGAUGGUGAUGGGAAGUGGAGUGGACAGUUCAAGGUGAAAAUGGUGGGGGCUGACUGGGUUAGCUGUGUGACUCUCGGUAGACUGACUGUCAUUUGUUUAAAUGUACAUCUUGUAUAUAUGGAUUACUUUAUUUGUUCACGAUAUGAAAAGAUACUGUUGUGGAAAUGCCAAUAUAUGUCAAUUGUUUCCAUAUGUCUACUAUAUAUCUACAAGGGAAAUAUGGCAAACUGAAUUGAAUGUUGGAAUUUUUUUGUGUGUGUAUUUAAAAAUACAAAAGGGAAUCAGAUAACCAGUCAUGUAACCCAUUAUGUAAUUUUUUUUGCUUCUUUGGGGUUCGGGGUUCUGCCUUUUUCUCAGGCCUGUCUGCUGAUUAUAUAUGUAAUUUUUAACCACAACUUUAGAAUGUUGAUUAAAAAAAUUCAAGGCUCAAAAACCACAAGUCUUUCUAUUUCUUUGUGACACUGAAAGUAAACAAGAUGUUUGACUCUCAAUAGUAUAUUUUUUUCAAUAUAAACCUUACCUCUGUGGCCUUGCAUGGCAUGAGACUUUGUGUGGUGAUAUAUUAUUAGACAAUAUAGUCUCAUAUUAGCCUUGAUUAAAAUACAUGUUUUCUUUUCAUUUUAAGUGCAUAUAAGAAAAAAAACUGCAUUCAACUAUAUUU